AUGAGUAGCUCAUUUGGGUCAGUAAUACCCUCAAGCAGUUUCAAUUUUGGUUCAACUUCAAAACAAAAUCCUUUCCAUAAUAAAGGUAGCACACAGUCAAAUAAUAAAGGAAACUUUUCAAAUCAAAAUGUAUUUCAAAAGGAUAAACAAAAGAGGAAUAAAAAGAAGCUUAGUCCGAAGAAAAAUACUGAAACUAAUCCAAUUACUCAUAAAAAAUUCAUGAUGGUUCAUAAUAGAAACGUCUUACAAGUUGGUCCGUUACUCAAGGAUCCAACUACCAUGGGGUUUACUCAACGCACACAUAAUCCUCGUGAAGUACCGAGAUUUCUUAUAUCUCAACAACCUCAAUUGAAACCAAAGAAAUUCAAACAAGAUCAUUGGGAUAGAAUAAACCAAACCAAAAUGUUAAACCUUGAAGAGUCUAUACAGGAUAUGACUGAACUUUAUGAAAAACUUAAGAAAAUGCGUGAUACUGAAAGAACAAUAAUGGAAGACAAGGGACUUGUGGAUAAAGCAGAUUCAGCAAAGGAUCUUAACGACGCAAUUAUAUUCCAAGGGACAUGUUUAGAUAUGUGUCCUACUUUUGAAAGAGCUAGAAGAAAUGUUGAAUAUACGGUUUACUCAUAUGAGAAGGAUACGCCAGAUGAUAAAAAGGCUUCUAGAUCUAAAGCUUUAAAAGUCUUUGCAAGACCAGCGGCAGCGGCAGCUCCACCUUUACCAUCAGAUGUUAGACCACCACAUAUCCUUGUAAAAACUUUAGAUUAUUUGGUUGAUAACCUAUUACAAACUUUACCGGAUAGUGAAGGUUUCAUUUGGGACAGAAUGAGAUCUAUAAGGCAAGAUUUCACAUAUCAAAAUUAUUGUGGUCCAGAGGCUGUUGAUUGUAAUGAAAGAAUCGUUAGAAUACAUCUGCUUAUUAUCCAUGUCAUGGUUAAAUCUAAGGAAGAAUUUUCUUUACAACAAGAAUUAGAACAACUUCAUAAGUCCCUGAUUACCCUUUCAGAAAUAUAUGAUGACGUACGUGCAAAUGGUGGUAGUUGUCCCAACGAGGCAGAAUUUAGAGCAUAUGCAUUACUUAGUAAAAUAAGGGAUCCUCAGUAUGAUAAAGCCAUUCAGGAUUUACCAAAGGAUGUUUUCCAAGACGAUUUAAUCCAAUUGGCUAUCUGUUUUAGAAGAAUUAUAUCCAACUCUAGUUUUGUUGAGAGGGGCUAUAUGAGAACAGAAAAUUGUUUAAACUUUUAUUCACAAUAUUUUAAGUUGAUUCAGUCGACACAGGUUCCAUUUUUAUUAGCGUCCUUUUUAGAAAUAUACUUGAAUGAAAUUAGAUUUUAUGCAGUAAAAGCGCUAUCACAUUCAAUGAAUAAGAAACAUAAACCUAUUCCAGCAGAUAUAAUAUCUGAAGAAUUAAUGUUUAAUAAUUUUGAUGAAUUGACAGAAUUUUGCCAGUAUUAUACAAUUGACAUUUCGGACGAUGGCAUUGACCUUAAAUCUUUAACUGCACAUUCUCAUCGUUUGCCUGAAAAGAAACCAUUAAGAAACCAUUACCUGUCAUGCGUCGACGAAAAAUUAAAUGCAUCAUCAUACUCCAAUAUAAUUAAUUCUGGAAAACCUAACAUUGACACAUUAAAAGAAGAUAAUAGAGAACUUCAAGAUACCAUUACUAUUGAGGAGGAAUCACAGUCACGACCAAUCAUAACUACGGAUACUACGCCUGUCAGCCUCUCUCAAAUGACUGAAGGAGUUGAACCCUUAAAGAAUAAUAUUAAAAAUACCCAACGAAUGUCAGUUUCUUUAAUAUCGGAGCCAUUUCCGUCCGUUAACAACCCUGAAUCGGUAAUAAACAUGAAUACCACAUUACAAUCAAGGAGUUUUUCAUUUAAACCCACGGCUUCCAAAAAUGAUGACUUUGUUAAUGUUCCUUCUGUGUCGAAGACCGCUAUGAGUCUAACGAAAAAUAAAUUUACAUCAGAACCAAAGCUCACACCUUUUGAGCCAUCUAUUUCAACUAAGCAUGAUAUACUUGCACAAAAUAAUAAAAAAGAAAACAUAGAAAAUGAAAAAUUAAGAAAAGAGCUUAAAAAUAAGCAAUUAGAAUUAGAAGAAGCAAAGAGAGAAGAAGAGAGAAGAGAAGCAAGAAGAAGACUACAAGAAGAAGAAACCCAAAGGAAUAAAGAAAUUGAAAAAAACAAUGCAAUAGUCGCAAUUGCAAAUGAUCUUAUCAAAAAUGUUGUUCAGCAAAAAUGUCACAGUGUCGUGAACGAAUGCAUCAACAGGAGAAAUAACAAAAUGGAAAUGCUAGAUAACCUGACAGCUGAACUUUUCGAUGCAUUCAUACACGAAAAGAUAUAUCUAGUUUUCUUGGAAGCAAAAGCCGAUAGUCAAAGAAAUAAAUACCUUCAAAAGGCAUGUUUGAAAAGAUGGCGUAUGGUAUUGACGAAGAAACAAAAAAGACAAGAAGAUUUGAAAAAACGCAGACUCGAAUUACAAAACUUAGAGAAACAACUUGGAGUCCCAACCCUAAAUAAAUCAAAGCGCCUACUCAACACUCCGACGAAUAAUGGUAAUUCCUCCUUUUUGUUAAACUCAUCGUUAAAAAACAAGGAUAUGUAUUCACCUGUUACUAAUGAAAGUAAUCAGUUCUCUCUCGAAUUGAUUAAGAAAAGAGGGUCGUUGUGGAAACCCUUUGAUCUCAAUAAACUUUAUUUCGAUAGAAUUGCGGCCAAAUACCCUCAUCAAAUGAAAAACUCCAGUGAUAUUUUUAUCUAUUCUAAAUUUUGGAAUACUGUAUCAAGCUCGUGGAUUUUAAAUAAAUUCAAUUUAAGAGAUCCUAAAUCUAUAGCACGAAUUCGUCGUAAUAAUUUGACUUUAAAUAUUAAAUGCAUUGACGAAAGAUUUAAUCCAUCUGAAUUUACGGAAACACAAUUAAUCAUUUUUAAUACUGGUGUUACCGAUGACAGUAUUUUCGAUUUAGAAAUGAAACUGAAGCAAGAUGGUGAAGAUCUUAUCAAGCUAGUUACAGGUGUUACCUUGAAUACUAACACCAAUUUUAAUCUAUUAUUGAUAUAUUGGGAAUCGUCAGAGACACAACUGUCUGAUGCUGCUAUUGCAAAACACUUAAAAUUGAAUAGAAUUGACAGAAAUUUUAGUGGUGUCUUAGAAAAUAUUGGAUUCGUUAAGGUUAAUGAGAGGAAUCCAGAUGUCUCCUUAGAAAGAGGAUUGAUAAAAAUAUCUGAAUCAUUCCGAUAUAAAUUGACUGACAGAGGGAAAUAUCAUGAGUCACUAAAUAAAAAGCGAAACCAACGUGUAACUUCUCAGGAAAAGCAGCUAACUGUAACAAAAUCUAUUGAUGAAAAGAUGAAAAUGAUGCUCGAGGCAGAAAAUGUUGCUUAUAAUAGACAAAUUAGUGAGGGGAAUACGUAUGCACAUUUACAGUCGCAUAUUGCUGCAUCUCCGAAGUUAAGAAAGAGAAAAUUACCAAUAUUAGUAUCAGAAACAAAGUCCAAUAAAUUCAAGACACCUAUGGGCUCUAGGAUGCGGUAUUCAUCCCAUGCAUCGACAGACUCGUUACCGCAACAAUCACAUCUAGCAAUAAAGGUCAGAAAUGGAGGUACGAGAACUGCAUCUCAUCAUGGACCACUUCCUUCUGGAACACCAUCGCACAGUACAAAUGUUCCUAAUAUAUCGUACGACUCACAUGUUAUACCAUCAUUUGGAAGCUCUGUUGGUAAUAAUACCUCCUUCCAUAGCGCACAUCUUCUUCCAGACACUCACAAUCCAAAUAUAUUUCAUACUCCCUCAAAUGCUAUUACGGGAGAAGAGUCUGUCAUUGUACCCACGCAUGUAUCAGAUAGCAAAUCAACUGAUCUGCAAGAACUAAAGACUUUAAUAGCCAGUGUUAAAAAAAGAGUAAAACCCCAGGAAUGA